UUUGGAAACUACGAUCUUCUGCUUACUGAAAAGAUAGCCAUAUCUUUGUCGCUCCUUCUCUGCAUCAACAAUGGCUUCGAAUCCGGCGUCGAAACCCCAAACAUGGACGCGGGGUCAAUACCACAUCACUUCCGACAAGUCUCUACUCGAUCUCACCGCCAUCAACAACGCUUUUGACCAAGAUUGGAUAUAUUGGACAACUCGCGCCCCAGAAGAGAUACUGCAACAAGCCAUCCAAGGAUCGUUUUGUUUGGGCCUAUACAACACCAACAACAGCACACAAAUUGGCUUCGUCCGCCUCAUCACAGACAACACUACUUUCGGCUACGUGACAGAUUUAUACGUCCUUCCUGAAUAUCAAGGCACUGGGUUGGGAGGUUGGCUGAUUGACUGCAUCGAUGAUUAUCUCGAAGCUAAACCGUAUCUGCGGUGGACGAUGCUGAGGACGUCGCAGGGAAAGAGUCGAGAGGCUUAUGAGAAGAGGCUUGGGAUGGUUGUGUUGGAGAGCAGGGCUGAAGAGUCUGGGCCUUGGAUGAUGGGGAAGAAGGGCAAGGCUUUCUGGGGAUAGAAUAUCAUUGUU